AUGGAAGCACGCAGCUGGAAAUGGGAGCCUCCUAUUGAAAAUCCUGACGGCAGAGUUUGUACAAGUGUCAAUGAAUACUUUGGAGGUCCAUUUUUUGACUCCCAUGGCAAGUUCUUAUAUAAAGAUCCGACCUUAGCAGAUCUCAAUCUUGGAGACAAUACUCCAUCUUUACAAGGAGAAGAAAAAAAGCUGUUUUUAGAGUUCGUCGGCAAAAUGCUUCGGUGGGUGCCAGAAGACAGGUUGACGGCUAGAGACCUCCUUGGAAACCCGUGGCUCCUCCGGGAUGCACCAUCAAGGAGGUGA